AUGUCCUACUUCCUCCCUCAUCUCCCCACCGGCUGGCACGUCGAUCAAGCCAUCCUCUCCGAAGAAGACCGCAUCGUCGUCCUCCGGUUCGGGCACGACUGGGACGCGCAGUGCAUGACGAUGGACGAGACACUCUACUCCGUCUCCGAGAAGAUCCAGAACUUUGCCGUCGUCUACCUCGUCGAUAUCUCCGAGGUGCCUGACUUCACAAAGAUGUACGAGUUGUACGACCCAUGCACGGUCAUGUUCUUCUAUCGGAACAAGCAUAUCAUGAUUGAUCUGGGUACUGGUAAUAACAAUAAGAUUAAUUGGGCUAUGGACAAUAAACAAGAGCUAAUUGACAUCAUUGAGACUGUUUAUCGCGGUGCUUCCAAGGGCAGAGGUCUGGUCGUCUCCCCCAAGGACUACUCGACGCGGUACCGGUACUGA